UUCAUUGUAUGUAAUUUCAAGAAAAUGGGAGAUCAGCAUGAAAACAAACUCUCUAGAUUCCUAGCUCCAGACAAGAUGACUAAAGAAUUAGUUCAGACCUGGUUAGAUUCAGGACAGCUGGCACAGUUGGAGACAGCUGUACUCAAAGGAAAGGGGUAUCUUAUUAAUAAAUGCAGUACAACCAACACAGAAGCAAAUAAUUUCAUUCAAAAUACUCUUCCAGGUCUCAAGUCAAAUAUCGAGGAUACUCAUGAACUAGUUGAACGAGGAGAUCUAUUCAGUUUACAGUCUAUUCCUGAUAUUAGGUUACUGGUUUCAAGAGAUGAGUUUGGAGAAAUGCCAGUUCAUAUUGCAGCAAGACAAGGUCACAUGCACAUGCUUAGUUUUAUACUAGAGCUUUGUCCAGGGGCUGCAAGAUGCGUGGAUAGUAUGCGUCGAACUUCUGUACACUACGCUGCAACCUGUAAGGAUGAAUCUGUCAGAGAGAUUAUUAUUGAGCUCCUGGUGCAAGCUGGAGUAGAUCCUGAAGCCAGGGAUUUGCUUGGCUGGAGUAAAGAGGAUUAUAUUGGAGGGGAGAUAGUUCCAAUUAAAAGAAGAGGACGUGGUCCGAACUCAGGAAGCUCAAGGGCGACCUCAAGAGGAAGCUCCAUUAAGACCUUCGCCAGGAGCUCCAAAGAAUUGAUUCCUGAAAUCCUGGUGGCUGUAAACACGAAGAACUUUGAAAAACUUGUGGAUUUGAUUCUCAAUGGUGAUGGGAAACAGCUGCAAGACAUUGAGACAUCAAAUAAAGAUAUUCAAGUUUUCAUCAGAAACAUUCCCGGAUUUCAAACCAAAAUUCAAAAAAUCCAUAAUUCGGUCAAAGAUGGGUCCCUGGAAAAUCUAAAGAUUCAUCUAGACCGGAAAAAGUUUGCUCACUGUCUGGAAGGAAAGCAACGCGGCAACAUAUUGCACACAGCAGUCCAGCAUGCGCAGAGUCACAUUGCGCAAUAUAUCAUCAAGAACUAUCCAGAACUGUUAAACAGACCUGAUGCCCUAGGCAGAACCCCACUGCAUUGGGCAGCUCUAGAUCCUAAAUCACACAACCUUUAUCAAAACUUUAAAGACCAGGGUGGAGAUGACACUAUUAAGGAUUUAUCAGGGAAUACGGCAUCAGCUUACUUCGAGGAAAUCAGCAAACAAAGUCAAGAACUGGAAACAGAAAUGGAGGAUGUUAUGCAAGAAGAAAAGAAAGAAAUUGAUGAGCCAAAAACUGAAGAAGAUAAUAAAAACGAUCAUGAAGAAGAAUAUUAUGAAGAGAAAGACAUAACACCUGAAAAGAAUGACAAAGAAAAUGAAACUAAACAUAAGAAAGAACCAGAAUUUCUAGAGCAUAAAGAGAAUAACGAUUAUACAAUGAUGUUGGAAGAUAUUGAGAAUGAUGAUAAUGAUUAUGAUGUUGAGAGUAUAAUUGAUGACAUCAACAUCAAAAAGGUUAAUCAGGAAAACAAGGAGAAGGUGGAUAAAGAAACUGAGAAAAGUUAUAUUAAAGAGACUAAUUUGGAAAAUCAGACUGAACUACAAAAUUCUGAGAUAUCCUGGGUGUCCUACCUGGAUCCUGAUGAAGCGCUCAGGUUUGAGAAGGGGUUGAGCUACGCGCUUAAGGAGGUCUCCAACGCGCGUCCUGACAAUCCAAUAGAAUAUCUAGCAAAUCAACUCAAGUUUUUUCAUUCAAAUUUUUAAUCAAAAUGGAUUAAAAUCUAAUAUGUAAUAUCUGUAAUAAAAACGUUAAAUAAUAAAUUCAAAAAUUCUUGUACUUCCGGUGAGCUUAGUUUUAAAUCGUAAUCGGAUUCAACGAAACGUUUACAAUUAUGUUUCUAAUAUACUUCCUAACAAUUUUCUAGAAUCUAGAUCCUAAGAAUAAUUUAGAAUCUAGAUACAAAAAAUAAUCUAGGAUCUAGACUCUAGAUUAUUCUUAGGAUCUAGAUUCUAGAUCCUAACAAUAAUUUAGAAUCUGGAUACAUUAAUAACAAAGUUUAAUUAUGAAGAAAUCGAUAUUUACUGAAGAACUGAGAAUAAAUACUUAAUAUAUUUCAUGUUGUGCUUUAUUUUCAUGAGUAAGAGGUAAUACAGGGUUACCUUCAAAGAAUCAGACUUCAGAGACGACUUUAAACUUGUUUCUUUCGUGCAAAAAUCAUUUAAUAAGCCAAUAUAAAACUAUUUUCAAGGCAGGAGACUUAAUUGAAAAUGAGUUUCAGGUAGUUUUUACAUUCUCAUCCUUUAAAGUUAUCACCCUGUAAGUUGUUAGUUAGAACCCUUGAAAAACUUGAAAAGUAUAAGUUAUAGAGGACGUGAGUCAGACUCUAAAUAACUUCCAGUAU